GAGAGAAAUGCUUUUCCAAAUCAAACUCAUAAGCAAAUUAACUUUCCCCACUGGUUAAGUACAUACUUCCGCUGGAUAUUAGUCACACGUUACGAUAAACGCGUUUGGUUCGCUGUCGACACGCAGUUUUAAAGUAAACGGUAAAGGGGAGGUUGACUCGGUCGAGCUGGCUAACUAGCCACGUAAGCUAGCUAACCAUACAUGGGCUCGAAAGUAAGGCGCACCGAUGGAAACUGCGCCUAAGACGACCAAAUCAGUUGUUGCGUAUAGUACGCCUUGUGAAUAUGCAGUCAAGUCCUUGUUCACCAAAAGAGAAAAGGCCUGCUAAUCAGCUGAGCGCCUCCCUGAAGGAGAGGCUCAAGAGAACGAGGCGCUCCUUCACCUCGCCCAUCUCUGUGGCCAAACGCCUUUGUGUGGAUGGGGAGAAGGAUGGCCAGCAAGUCUUGGCAAAUACCAAAGAGAUUGUUCAUUCCUCUGCAAGAGACGGGCACGAUGUUGACACAAGCAGAAAUGAAGUGCGGCCAGUGACUGAUGGAGUUCUCAGACCCAUUCAUGACCCAACACAACCUCCUCCAGUAGAUGCGUUACAGCUACGAGGCCUGCUGAAAAGAGAGGUUCGAGACAGGGUGGAGACUUUGCGCAGGCUAAAGUUGGUGAAAAUGUACAGAAACAAGAAUGACUUGACGGAGCUACAGAGGUUGAUUGACAAGUGGCGGAGUUGUGCUCAAGCUGCAUUGUAUGAGCUGCAGACAGAUCUCCCCAUAGAUGGAAGCAAGGCCAGCCUGUCUCAACUAAUUGAUAUGUUUGGCAUAGAUGACAAGAUCCUGCACUUUGAUCGCACAGAAGAUGACUUUACUUCUUAAUAGCUUUAAGAUUUUUACAAUACUGUUUUAUUUGUUACUGUUAUAUACUAUUGAUUUGAAGUUGUUAACGUCAUAAGCUUAUCUAACUUGAAUUCGAAAAUGUUAGUUAUUUCUUUGUUCAAUAAAAAUAAAAAAUCUUCAUACAGUAGU